UGAGAGGCAGAGACGGAUAAUGAGAGGAUAAAAGGUGUAGAUGGAGCCUGGGGGCAGCAGGUGACGUUUGACGUCAUGGUGCUCAGUGCGCGAUUGUUUUGGCGCGCGGCACGUGGUUACGGCCGUUGCUGAGGGCGAGGCGAAGAUGAGCUCGAGUCACUCGGUCUGGCGAGGCCUGGUGGCGACGGUCGGCCUGGUGCUCACAGCCGAGGGACUUUACUACCUGUUCCGAUACCUGAAGUGGGUCCGUGAGCAACAGCCCAGGGUGCUGUUCUUCCCGGCGCCGGUGACCUGCGUGCGGCCACUGUUGCUGGCGAGCCCCGGACGCUGCGACUGCCCGUUGCCGCACCGGGAGAGCGCCCUGAGCCGCAUGGCACGCCUGUUGCUCAGCGCUCGCCGUUCCAUCGACGUCUGCGUCUUCACCAUCUCCAGCCUGGACCUGAGCGGCUCGGUGCUGGUUGCAUACGAGCGCGGCGUGCGCGUCCGUGUUAUCACCGACUCCGACUACAUGGCGCUGGCCAGCUCGCAAGUGGGCACAUUCAGGAAAGCAGGUAUAGAGGUCCGACACGAUCAGGAUACAAAUUACAUGCAUCACAAAUUCGCCCUAAUUGAUGGAUCUAUUCUUAUAACUGGAUCCUUGAACUGGAGUGCGCAGGCCAUUUUUAGAAAUAAGGAAAAUGUAAUUAUAAUUAAAGAUGCUGAUAUUGUGAAAGCAUUUACAGAAGAAUUUGAACGACUUUGGAAUGAGUAUGAUCCAACAAAGUACAGCUUCUCUCCGCAAAGUUCUUAGUUUGAACAAAGGUGUAGCCAAAGGCAUUACAGUGAGAAAAAACAAAUGAAAUCACCUCUUCGCCUGGGAGAUCAUUAUGGACUAUUUUAUUUGUUGCAGAAUUAUGCUAUAUUGGUUUCCAAAUUAAGCACAUCGGUUUGAUAAUAUAUGCACCCCUGCGUUAUGAAAGCGGGACAUUCCUAAGAAUUUUUUUAUUUUACAAUGUCACCCCUUGGCAAAAAAUGACAAUUGUUGUUUUUGUUUAGUUAGCUUAUUGUGUAUUUUAAAUUUGUGAAUUCCGUGUGGGCGAAUUACUGUUCCCCUGAAUUGCCAUUAUGUGGGGGGUCCAUUACUAUUGUUGAUUUGGAGCAUUGGAAAAGGCUUUCCAGUAUGUGUAGCUGGUACAUUUCUGGUUUUAUACAUUUCAAUAAUUGUUGGGUAUUGUGACUAUAGUUAGAACUAAUUAGAAUGCUGCACUUACAUUUUUUUGAGCUGUGGAUUAAUUUUCUACCUGAUAAUGGGCACUGAAGAAUGUGUUUACAUUACAAGUUUUUGCUGAAGAGAAAUUACUGCUGUGAACCAACGUACUGCUGUGCAUAUUCAAAGCAAUGUUGACCUAACUGUAUUUUACAGGAGUUUCUGAUUAAGUUACGGUGUAAAUUCACCAUCGAAGAAAGAUGGAGGCAGUAAAUAGACAAUGGGUGCAGGAGUAGGCUAUUUGGCCCUUCGAGCCAUUCAAUGUGAUCAUGGCUGAUCAUCCCCAAUCAGUACCCUGUUCCUGCCUUCUCCCCAUAUCCCAUGACUCUGCUAUUAAGAGCCCUAUCUAGCUCUCUCUUGAAAGCAUCCAGAGAACCUGCCUCCACCUGAGGCAGAGAAUUCCACAGACUCACCACUCUCUGUGAGAAAAAGUGUUUCCUCGUCUCCGUUCUAAAUGGUUUACUCCUUAUUCUUAAACUGUGGUCCCUGGUUCUGGACUCCCACAACAUCGGGAACAUGUUUCCUGCCUCCAGUGUGUCCAAGCCCUUAACAAUCUUAUAUGUUUCAAUGAGAUCGCCUCUCAUCCUUCUAAACUCCAGAGUGUACAAGCCCAAAAUAGUGAACAACGUUAUCUGUAAUGUGACCUGUAAUAAGCAUCAGCGUCAUCAAAUGACUACAAAUUGGACACCACAGAGUGGGAUUCUGUUUUAAGUUUGGAAGUUGUGCACACUGGGCAGGGAAUGGGUGUGCUCUUAGCUGGAACUGACGUUUUCAUAGUGUGGAGAAAUGUUAAUUGGAGCAAAAUUGCUGUAACAAGUAAUGAAUGAUAUGUCAGGAAUUUUAUAUUGUAGAACUAUCAUACAAACAAUACAACUUUAUUUUGUGAUGUCAUUUAUUAAAAUAACAAACAUUUGUGUUG